AAAUAUCAAUUGGGAAGAAAUAGAAAGAUUAUAAAUGUGACUUAAAGGGUAUAUAUUUGGGACAGUACAAAACCAAAGAUGUUUUAUUGAAGAAUAGGCCAUAACGAAUCCCAAGAGAUCAAUGGAUUGGUCUUGUCUCAUAUUGGUUCUCUGAUAAAGCAAAGAAACGUACCCAAGCAAAUAGGAUUAAUAGGGCAAAGCAAAAAAUGCCUCACACGGGAGGAUCCAAAAGCAUUGCAACAUUGAUGGAUGAACUGGCCAAGGAUGGAAUCGAACCUUCACGAGCAGAGAUUUUUCUCAAAAUUCAUAAAAGGCGUAAGGAUGGUAGACCAUUGGAUGAGGAGUCUACAAAAGCAGUGGAACUAAUUGAAGAGAAGUUGAAUAAUGGCAAGCUAUCUAAUGAAGAAUCUAUUAAUGGUGUUGCUUGGAAAGGAGAUGUUUAUUCUCAAGUAUUGGGAAGUGAUAGAAGUGGUUACGAACGUGGUUUAGGACUUGGUCAAACACCUUUUUUAUUGUGGGAUGGUGUUAUAGGAAUUGGCAUCACUGUAACUGUUGUGGGACCCAUAGUUGGUGGCUUUGUUGAAGCAAUUGCGAAUAUUGAGAUCCAAGAUGAAUCCUCCAAGCAACUUUCACAAAAUGAUUCGCUUGAACAAUUGAAUUUUGUUGUGCAAAUUGAAGAGUAUAAGAGGAUGAUUGCAACAUUAGAUGUUGAGGCAGCAGAAAAGAAGGCCAAGAGUUAG